AUGAAGGUCGUCUCGCUUAUGAUAGCCUCUUUUUGGGCGGCGCUGGGAGUUUCUGGCUUUGCUGAUACUGGCAUUUUAUAUUCGUCCAAGAAGCUCAUCAAUGACGACAACGAGUCCAGCUACAUCACGGAAGCUUCGCAAGUGGCCAAACACGUCCAGCAGCUUACGGAGAAGGCUUGUGCCGAAGGCGACAAUGGUAUUACAAACCAUGUACUUAUCUACCGUGUCAGUGGAUUGACUUCUGGCGACUUAGAGAAGGAGAAUGAUGGCACUUUCAUAAAGCAUGUCCACUACGACUCUGCCGCGGAGUUGGAUUUUGACUUGGGGGCUUCUUGUCAAGCUGGUCAAGUAAGAUACAGCGAGCUUGGUCAAGUCUUGGGGCAAGACAUUGCAGUUCCUGUUGAGAUCGUAGAUGUAGAAGACGGUAAAGAACAUAGUGUACGAGAAUUCUUGACCAGCAACGACGGCAGGGUCAUCAUUGUUCAAGGAAAGCCCUCUUUCCUAACUUCGGCUUCAAAACUCGAGAAAUUAAAACACAUUGUAGAAGAUAAGGUUUACGAAAACUUGGACAUUGAGUUCGAUUUCGAUACCAUUUUAUCCAAAAGAGCCGAUAGAUCUUCAGAAGAGGAUGAUAACGGAAAAGACAUCAACGAGUUGGACAAGGAGAUCGAAGACGACUUCAAGGCUGCCGAAUCUUUCAUUGCUGAAGAAGGUGAUAAGCUGGUCAGCAUCAUGGACGAUGCUGAAGAAGGUGAUUCUUCAGCUCCACAAUCUCCUUCCGAUGGCAGUAACGUAAAGGUCAACGCCAAUCUCUUCACAACGUACCAAUUCUUCACUCCGGGCACUUUGCUGGGAAUCAUCGUUGCUGGCUUCUUGGUCUCCAUCUUAUACGCUGCUUUGAGCUGGAUCACAUCUAUCCAAAUCACCUACUCCUCGUUCGACAAGCAGGUGGACUUUGAAAAGAAAAACGAGUAAUCGUCUCACUUUACUUCAUAUAUUAUUUUCUUCACUUCAUUUACUCUUUUUUCGUUAUACAUCAAUACAUUUAUCUUAGUU